CCGGCUCCUUGAUACCAUAACAUUACCUUUCAAUUUCCUCGCCGUAGCUUUAGAGCGUUUAGGAUAAACGUAGAUAACCAUGAUUUUUGUAGCCGCUUUCCUUGUAUUUGUGGCGUUUGUCAACGCCGACACUGAAACGACCGCCUCGGUGACCAAGAAGGUCUGGAUGGACGUCAGUAUCGGGGGCCAGCCGGCUGGAAGGGUUAUUCUUGGCUUGUUUGGUGACACGGCGCCGAAGACAGUGGCUAACUUUGUGGCUCUCGCCGAUAAAGAGCAAGGCUUUGGCUACAAAGAUUCGAUAUUCCAUCGCGUCAUUAAAAACUUCAUGAUCCAGGGAGGUGAUUUCACGAACAAAGAUGGAACUGGGGGAUAUAGCAUCUAUGGUAAAUAUUUCGACGACGAGAACUUCAACCUGAAGCACUAUGGUCCUGGCUGGUUGUGCAUGGCGAACGCCGGCAAGAACACGAACGGUUCCCAGUUCUACAUUACUACGAUCAAGACUUCGUGGCUCGAUGGCAGUCACACGUGCUUCGGGAAGGUUCUCGAAGGAAUGGACGUCGUCCGAAGAAUCGAGAACACCAGAGUUGACACUCAUGACAAGCCUCUAGACGAAGUAAAAAUUACUGGUAUUGGCAGCAUUCCAAUAGAAUCUCCUUACGAAGUCGCUAAGGAUGCUGUUGUUUGAAGACCACGUGAUUAGCAAGUGAACAAACACAACAAGACAUCCACAAAAGAGGAUUUAUAGGCCUUGUUUGAAUGAGAAAAAUAGAGAAGAAUAUUGAGAUGUGAAGUAUUUAAAAAGCUCAGACAAAAAUAGCAUUUUGAAAUAAAACGCUAAGCAAA